AUGGCCCUAUCAGCAGAACCCAUUGUAAUCCGCAUAUCAAGCACAGAGAUUGAGAAUGCAUCUCUCACUCAACAGAAUCUCGAGAUUGCAACCAGAGCUCUGCAUCGUGAUGGCCUCGUUGUCAUUGAGGAUCUCAUCCCCCACGAAAUCCUCGAUUCCCUCAACGACUAUAUGAUCAAGGAUGCUUACGAGCUUCGAUCGAGGAAAGACAGUCCGUUUAACUACCACAGGGGAAACAUUCAGCAGGAUCCACUGCUUACCACGGAGCUGUUCAGCGAUGAGGUUUAUGUCAAUCCCAUCAUCACCCAAAUCACGUCAACAACUCUUGGUCCCAAGCCCUCCUUGCGAUUCAUAUCUGGCAACACUGCCCUUCCGCCUUCUCCGGAUGCUCCGCCCAAGUCCCAGCCGACACACACUGAUGCCGACUUCAAUCACCCGGAGAUUCCAUUCGCUCUUGUUAUCAAUGUGCCUCUCGUGACUAUGACACCCGAGAAUGGCUCUACCGAAGUUUGGCUCGGGACGCAUGCGAAUACUACAAUCGCGGAUCAGGAGGGCGCACAUGGCGAUCGCGCAAGCGGGAGAAUCAAGUCCAAUCUACUCAGGGACAGGCGCGCUCAACGACCUCCAUGCCAGCCCGUCGUGAAGAAAGGAAGUGUCGUUGUACGAGACUUAAGACUAUGGCAUGGCGGGAUGCCUAAUAUGAGCAAAGAUCCAAGAGUCAUGCUUGCUUUCAUCCAUUUUGCGCCUUGGUAUCGGAAUCAAAUGCAAGUCGAGUUUGCCGAGGAGUUGAGGGAGAGGUUGACGCUCGAGAGGACUGGCCUGCACGUGGCAGCAAUAUAUGUGUCGAGCCAGGAGUUGGCGCAGAAUUAUUUGAGUCGACCGUACGGAAAUGCGUACGACUUCGACCAAACCGAAAAGCUCGUGAUCUAA